AUGAUCCUUCCAGCGCUAGCAGCGCUCCUCGCACUUGCCCCAUACGCCGAUGCCCACUCGUGGGUGGAACAACUCACAGUCAUCGCACCAAAUGGGACGUUCGUGGGAAUACCGGGCUAUGCUCGUGGAAAUUAUCUUCGCACAACAGCUGGGUUCAGCGACACUAGUAUGACCUACCUGCUCCCACCCAGCACUCGAGCAAACACGACACUGCUCCUUCCCAGUGACAAGCUCUGCAAAGACACGCAACAAGAUCAGACCCAGAGUGAUGGGAGCCCCCGACUGCAAGCCAGCGCUGGCGCGGCAAUUGCGCUCCGAUACCAAGAGAAUGGCCAUGUUACUCUUCCCCAGAACCAGCCCGGCAAGCCGAAGAACCGCGGCACGGUAUAUGUGUACGGCACAACGCAGCCCAAGGUUGGCGAGAAGUUGCUCGAUGUCCAUGGCGCGUGGACCGCCGACGGUACUGGCGGAGAUGGCCGAGGUGUCCUGCUGUCCACGCAAAAUUUCGAUGACGGCCGAUGCUAUCAGAUCAACAGUGGCGAGAUCUCCGAGACUCGCCAGCAGAAAUAUCCGCACCAGGCUAGCCAACUGACCGGGGCCGACCUUUGGUGCCAGCAAGAUAUCCAGUUACCCACGACUAUCCCAUCUGGCAAGUUGUAUACUCUCUACUGGGUGUGGGACUGGCCCACCGCCCCGGGCGCCGAUCCAACAUACCCACAGGGCAAGACCGAGAUCUAUACCACCUGUAUGGAUGUCGAUGUGCAAAACACAGCGGCCGAUCGUCAGAAGGUGGACGAUAUAUAUGCGACGGGACAGGACCUUAAUAAAGCUGCCAUCCCGUCGGAGUUCGAUCACCUCUCUGCCCAGCAGAUCCCCGUGGAGUCCCAAGCCGCCACAAGCGCAUCGCCCACUUCAACGUCAGCUGCGGGGCCCAAAGAGAAAGCCACAGUGACGGCCUGGCACACCGUCGGCAAGACCGUGACAGUGACCCAGGACGCGACUGUGACGGUUGAUGCCGGUCAGUCGGGAGAGACUUCGUAG